CCAAAUUACUAUAGUCUAUCUUCUCCCUUGCUGUAUCCGUGGCAUCGUAGCAGCCAAUCAAAUCGACGUGCUGCAGAACUUUUCAUGCACUCUCCCAUUGGCGGCGUUAUUCCCAGUAUCGGAGAUCAGCCUCCGGCCCGGAUUACAAAUUGCGGAACGGAAUGACGAGCGACGGAAUCCUAGUCGGAAUUUUUUUCUUCGAUUUCUCUUCCUCACAACUGCAUUUUGCUUAGGGUUUAUUCGAAUUCGACGAGCUUCUCCAACUAAUACAGGCUGUUUUCCAAUCCCAUCACGGCGUGUGAAUUGUUUUUCCAAGACAUGGCGCACAACGAAAUAGCCGAGAAGGAGGCGGCCACCCCGCGUGAAGAUACAUCCGAUACAACCAUUCACGAUGCUGAUGUGACGCCUGCAAAAGACGAAGAGGCACAGGCGCAACAGGCAAAUACUGAAGUUCCAGCUACAGCAGCCAUUGUACCACCGCUGGCACCACCUCCAGAUGGUGGGCGAGUCGCAUGGUCGCAGGUUGUCGCCGCACAUCUUGUUGUCUUUAACACAUGGGGAUUCGUUAUUAGUUAUGGCAUCUUCCAACCAUACUACGUCCAGGAGCUAGGACUUGAUGCGUCAGCUAUAUCAUGGAUUGGCAGUGUUCAGAUUUGCUUGAUUGUCUUGGUUGGCGUUUUUUCGGGGCGCAUGUUCGACGCCGGCUAUGGUAAGACCAUGCUGGUAGCCGGCGCCGUGACCCAGCUCGUGGGCAUCUUCACUACCAGCGUGGCUCACGAAUAUUGGCAAUUCUUCCUUUCACAGGGUCUUUGUCAGGGCAUUGGAUGCGGUCUCGUCUUUGCACCCACCAUUGCCAAUGUAUCUAGCUACUUUGUCAAGAGACGCACCAUGGCCAUCUCGCUCGGUGCCUGCGGCGGCGGUACCGGAGGCAUCGUCUUUCCUCUCAUGGCACGACAGCUUCUUCCUCAUAUCUCAUUUGGCUGGACUCUCCGAGCCAUGGGACUUGUAGAACUUGUCGUCUACGUCAUUGUUCUUCUUCUCGUGCGGACGAGGCUACCCCCCAGACGGUCAGGACCUCUCGUGGAGAUUGCCGCCUUUAAAGAGCUUCCAUUUUCCUUUUUUGCAUUGGGCAUGUUCUUUACGCUGUGGGCUACGUUUUUCACAUACUUUUAUGCUCGCGCUUAUGCAAUUGACCGUCUUGGAGGAGACGCAAGCACCUCGUUCAAUAUGCUCAUGGUUAUCAAUGUCGUGGGCAUUCCUGGUCGACUUGUCCCUGCAUUCAUAGCCGACAAAUAUUUUGACGCCCUUACCGUUCUCAUCCCUACGGUUCUUGGUGCUGGAAUCUGUGUCUUUGCGUGGGCCGGAGUCAAUACUAUUGGAGGGCAGUAUGGCUGGAUCAUAUUUAUUGGCUACUUUGCUGCCGGUAUCCAGAGUCUUUUCCCGUCCACCAUUGCCAGCCUGUCGCCGGAUCUCAGCAAGGUCGGCACUAGAAUUGGCAUGAUCUUCGCCAUAUGCAGCAUUCCAAACCUGACUGGACCUCCGCUUGCUGGUCGACUAAUCGCAGCAGGAGGCGGUAGUUAUCUAGGGGCUCAAAUAUGGGGAGGAGUCUGCCUUUUCUUGGGGGCAUCGCUGCUCUAUGUGGCCAAGUAUACGCGAGAUAACAAGAAAUAAUGUGGUCCGAAGGGGGCGCGUACAUCUUCAAAAGUAUAUACAUAUAUAAUGAUAUCGAUAUCAAAGUAUAAUUAUAGCAUAUAAUAUUGUUUUC